AUGGAUGACGAGAGAGGCAAAGGACGGUUAAGGAUAGCGCGAAUGAUCGAAACAAGGAAUCAGUCGUGGCUCAUAGUAGUCUUCAUUUUGGCGGCAUCCAUCUACUUUUACAAUAAUCACAAGUUCCUCACCUAUGUGUACACUGCUGACUCCUUCGAACGAUUCUACCUUGCGAAUCCUCCAUCAGUAGUCACUUCCAUGAUGGAGAACGAAUGCAAGUGGCCAGUUCUGGAGUUAGGAGCCGUGUUUCCAAGUUCAAACUUCGCUCGCUCCAGAAAUAUCAAGUGUAAUGCUGUGAUGAAUCCACUGGCGUCACUGGACGAGUUUGGACAACUCGAGCUCUCUCAGCCAGUCAUAGGAGGCGAUUUACCCGCCGAAACAAAUAUUUCCAUCAAACGAAAGAUAAGCGAGAAACGGUUGUACGAUGCCAAGCAGAAUCGAGGCUUUGAUUGUAACGCUAUCGCUUUCGAUCAAUUUAUGGGACCAGCAAGUGAGCCGAAAUUUGUGGAAAAUGAUCCGGAACAACCUUCGAUUGCAUUGCUUAUUUUUGAUUCGGUAUCGCUUAACCACUUUAAAAGGAGUAUGCCACGGACGGCUACGUUCCUCGUCGACAACGAUUUUUUCACUUUCAAUAUGUACAACGAGGUUAGUUGCCACGACUAG